CCCCUCCAUUCGCAACGGUACGGUUUUGCAGCGUCCUUUGCACCUCUGCGACGACGAGCGAACCACCCUCCUCGGCACGCACCCCCCGUUCGACUCGGCGAGACCACGCGCAUCCCAUCGAAUCCCGUCGAUACCUCUCCAGCCUCAAACACCCAUCAUGGAGGAUGUUCUCAAGGCCGUGUCGGCCGAUGGCUCGUCAAUCAUGCCCCUGCUGGCGCCGCACCUCAGCCGUCACCUGCUGUUCCCGCUGAUCCAGUUCGAGGGCGACAAGGCGGAGGAAAAGGGCGAGGACGAAAAGGCAAAGAAGAUUGUGUCGGGCAAGAUCAAGCUGCUCGAGGACACCAACAUGACCGACUACGUCGCGACCCUGUACUGCGACCUCCACGGCGUUGCCGACCCGCCGGCCGAGUACACCAAGAAGCGGCAAGAGGUGCUCGCGCAGCUGGAAAAGUACGAGCAGGCGACGGCCAAGAUUGCCGAUCUCCUGACGCAGGACGAGGUCGUCAACGGGCUCCGGAGCGACAAGGUUGCCAACUUGGAGUUCUUGAAGAACCAGCAUGGGGUCACCAUGGAAAUGGUCAACGCGCUGUACGACUUUGGGCAGUUCCAGUUCCGAUGCGGGCAGUACGGCCCGGCCGCCGACAUGCUGUACCAGUUCCGUGUCCUGUCGACCGACAACGACAAGGUCUCGGCCUCGACGUGGGGCAAGCUCGCGUCCGAGAUCCUGUCGACCAACUGGGAGUCGGCCGUGGACGAGCUCAAGAACGUCAGGGAGGGCAUCGACACCAAGCUCUUCAACAACCCGCGCGCGCAGCUCGACCACCGGACCAUGCUCAUCCACUGGUCGCUCUUCCCCCUGUUCAACUGGGACGGCGCCCGCGAGCCCAUCCUGGACAUGUUCUUCUCCGCCGCCUACAUCAACACCAUCCAGACCUCGUGCCCCUGGGUCCUGCGGUACCUGAUCGCCGCCGUCAUCACCGGCCGCACGCGUGCCCGCAACAGCUCCAUCCAGCAGAAGCAGCUCAAGGACGUGGUCCGCUACGUCCGCCAGGAGGCGUACGAGUACGUCGACCCCAUCACGCAGUUCAUCCACGCGCUGUACAUCGCCCACGACUUUGACGCCGCCCGCGACGCCCUCCGCGAGGCCGAGGAGGUCUGCCGCAGCGACUUCUUCCUCGCGUCCUCGGCCGACGCCUUUGUCUCGGCCGCCCGUCACCUCAUCUGCGAGAGCUACUGCAAGAUCUUUAGCCGCAUGAAUAUCCGCGACCUGAGCGGCAAGCUCGGCCUGAACCCCGACGAGGGCGAGAAGUGGAUCGUCAACCUGAUCCGCGAGACGAGGCUGGACGCCAAGAUCGACAGCAAGGACGGCACCGUCAUCAUGAACCACCCGCCCAACAACGUCUACCAGCAGGUCAUUGAGAAGACCAAGGGCGGCUUCUUCAGGACACAGGUCCUCAACGCCGCCGUGUCCAAGUAAGGCUGCCCUCGUCAGCCAGCCGCUGCGAGGACACGACGAUAUGACGCGCCCCCCGCGGGUGCCGCCCGUGGCCUGAUGGAGGCUCAGCGGCUGCCGUUGUGGGGAGGAUGAUAUGACUCUCGCCCGCCCGCUCUUCUCUGGAGCGGACGGGCUGCAGAGCGUCGCCGGCGACUUCCGGUGUGUCGCUAAAAGCGAAGCGCCUUGCUAGACGGAACGAGAUACAAGACUUUUGUCGUUGGGUUGUCGAACACCCCGAGACGGGUGAUAGAAAAACACGCCGUCUGACCAGGGGCUAGAUAUCUGGUGGAUGCCACUGUCAUGCCUCGCCCCUCUCCCCCCUUCCCUCCUCCCCUCCCGUCCCUGUUUUUUGGGUCUCUGGUGAUGCGGUUUGCAUUGCAUGGCGUUAUUUAAAGUCUCUGUUUCGGAAGGAAAUCCGGGAGGGGAGGAGCUUGGUCUGCGUUGCGUUGCGUUGCGUUGGGUGGGGAG